GUUCAUUUAGCUUACUUAACCUUGGUACCAUCAUUUUUGAAGCUAUCACGAAAGUCAUGCAGUGAGAUUUCCCCCUCCGUGUCCCGAUGGCAAUGUUUACAAACUGCAUAUUUGAAAUAAUACUUGGUGGAAGUUAGUGUCACAUAGAAAAGAGCAGAUACGAUUUUGUCGAUACCCGAAAAACACCGAUUACUUAUUCGCAAACAUUCUUUGUUGUCGCCUAUGCUACUUCAUCUGCUUUAGCGUACGAGCUCCAAGUUAAUAUCUAGGACCCGCGAGAAGAGCUAGAUUUAUUGGUGUGGCUACCUCCUACCGAAAUAAACGAUGCCCCAAAGCAAAGGCGACCAGAUCGGACAUGCGUUGGUCGAGUUCUCUCUACAUGGCACCUUUCCCGAAGAAGACGUGUCCUCCCGCCGAAUUUCUCUACAAGACCUUGCACCUGCACUUAAAUCGUUAGCGACAGCGAAAACGAAACUAGAGUCCGACAUUCAUAAGAUCAACGAAGAGACCGCUCCAGACGUGAAUCAAUGGGUCGCGAAUGCGAAAUCCCUCGAAGACGACAUAAAUCGGUCGAGAACCUGGGCAAAUGAUAUCGUUCGACGGUCACAAGCUCCAGACGUAUCGGGAAGGACAAUACAAGAAGCAGAAGACAAGGUCGAGUUUAUACGGCGAGAGGCGCAAUAUAAUCAGGAUGUCCACCAUGCGUUGAAAAGCAUCAAGCGCGUAAAUGAGUUAUUGGACCAAGUUGAACAGGCGCGGGAUGAGCGUAGGAUAUUAGACUCGCUCCAUUUGCUAGAGAAAUCUUGGACCGCGUUAGAUGCAAUCCCUGUUAGCAAGUCGUGCCGCGUCAUGAAAAUAUUAGACUUAAGGGCUUUUGAGCUGAAGUCUGCUGUCCAUGAUGUGUUCGAUCAUGUCUGGGACUCUCUAGUCAGGAUAGAUACCCAAGAUGGAAACGUUGCUGUAUUUGAGAGUCGCGAAGACGAACAAAUGAGCCUAGCCGACGCUGUUGUAGGUUUAAAGGCAUAUAAGGAAGUCGACCAGAGAAUGACCUCAUUCUGGCACGGUCUCGACGAGGCCAUUAUAAGCCCGCGAACUAAUAUUGAGACCCAAGAGCCCCGAAAGAUUCAAGCAGAGAUUUCACAUUUAUCUCUAAGCGGGAGUACAGAUAAAAUGAUCACUUCUCUAUUUUCCGAUCUAGACCAAGUAAUGACCUAUCUUUCGGAACGCCUACCAGAAGAGCUAGUGUAUUCGUUGUCGAAUGUGAUGAUGCCCGACCUUAUUCCACGAAUCAUAGGUACAUGGUUAGAUACGGCUGUUCCUGCGUCGUUGAGGGACAUGGAUGAGUUUCAACAUAUCACUGAAGCUGUCAAGACAUUCUGCGCUCGCUUACAUAAUCUCAAGUUCACUGGAUUUCAAGAAUUACAGGAAUGGGUUGGUGACGCACCCAAGGUAUGGUUAUCUAAAUGUAGAGAAACGGCACUAGACUCGGUACGCAUCAAACUAGCCCGGGGGCUAGGCGAAUCGAAAGAAGUGGAACGUGUUGAGACCCAAACAGUCUCACGAUCUGAAGGCAAGGAAUUAGCUGCGAAUGGUGUUGGUCCUCAGGGCGAUGAUGAUGGCUGGGGUGCAUGGGACGACGGAGAAGAGUCAAAACCGGAUUCUGAUCCAAAGCCGGAGGAAAAUGAGGACGAUGGAACCGAUGCAUGGGGUUGGACGGAAGACGAUGCUACAGGGGAACAGACCGAGGCCCCCGCCGAACAACCAUUGACGGAGCCGCCGGCCGAAGAUGAUUCUGCCGAAGCGGAUGCGUGGGGAUGGGGCGAAGAAGACGCGACAGACACAAGUCCCGAAAACCCGGCUACGACAACUCCAUCUAUAUCGAACUUACAAACCCGAGAAUUAACGCUUAAGGAGACUUAUAACAUAUCCUCAAUGCCCGAAUCCGUCUUGGCCCUCGUUGCGGCUAUCUUGGAAGAUGCAGCUUUACUUGUUGGGAGCGACGGUAACCCAAUGGCGACAGCAGCUGGAGGAUUAUUCUCACUGCCAACACUUGUUCUCGCUAUGUUUCGUGCUGUGUCUCCAUAUUACUAUAGCUUAAAUACAGGUGGAAAUAUGUUUCUAUAUAAUGACGCUACCUACCUUUCAGAACGACUCUCUGACUUCAUCAAGAAUUGGAAAGCUCGCGAAGAUCUGACACCUCGCGCGAUUGCAAUGCUUCGCCUUGACAACGAAAUCAAAGCACUCCAGUCAUUUGCAACCCGCGCCUAUUCCUCAGAAAUAUCUACACAAAAAACGGUACUACGGGACUUGCUAGGUGGCUCUCAAAAUCUCCUGCAGCAAGACGGUCUCAGCACUUCUGAUCUAGAGGCGCAGGUUGAUGGCGCUACUGGGCACGUACGCGCCCUUGCUGCAACAUGGUCUAAUAUCCUUUCUAAAUCGGCUUGGAGUCAGACGGUGGGCUCGCUAGUAGAUAUUGUCGCUUCUAAGCUUGUCGCUGAUGUGAUGGACCUAGCGGGCAUCGGUCAGGACGAGGCUUUCAAUAUCGCGAGUCUAAUUGCGCGGAUCACGGAAUUGGACGACCUGUUUCUGCCAUCCGACGCACCCAGAGACGCGGUUCCGUCAACAGCUGAGUAUGCCGCUAGUUGGCUACGACUCAAAUACCUAAGCGAGGUGUUACAAAGCAAUCUCCAGGAUGUGCGGUACCUUUGGAUGGAAAGCGAACUGAGCUUGUACUUUACUGUUGACGAGGUUGUUGAGUUGAUCGGUCUUAGCUUCGUGGAUAACGCGCGUACGAGAGAAGUCGUUAGGGAGAUCGAGGCGCACCCGCAACCACUCGGGGGCCAGUAAUAAAAUUAGGGAUGUACUAGAAAUGAGACAUAAAUCUAAUAGCACAUAACAUCUAACAUCUGCGCGCUGCUACGUUGUACCCAGCAAAUUAGUUCGG